AUGUUGACGGCAGUAACGAGAAGGUUGCUGCUUCGGGCGACCACACAGCCACUGUUAUUUGCAAUCCGUCCUACACACAUCACACGGGAGGAAACAAACCAAACAACAACAAUAACAACAGAAACAACAAAAACAUCUCCACGGCGUAUACAAAUCGCUGUAGUUGGUAGUGGCCCAAGUGGAUGUUACGUGGCCCAUCAUCUCACAAAGAAACGUGAUGAUAUUCAUGUUGACAUGUUUGAAAGACUACCAGUGCCGUUUGGUCUCUGUCGCUACGGUGUGGCCCCUGACCACCCGGAGGUAAAGAACGUUGAACAGCAAUUCCUGAAGAUGUUUAAGAGUGGUCGAGUAACAUGGAUUGGUAAUGUAACGAUUGGUAAGGAAAUGUCAAUAGAGUUAUUGCUUGAAAAUUACACUGCGGUAGUAAUAGCGACUGGAGCUGAUAAUAGUCGUAAACUACACAUUCCCGGUGAAGAUCUCGCCGGUGUUAUUACCGCUGCAGACUUUGUACGUUAUUAUAAUACCUAUCCAUUUCCCUAUGGCUCUCCACGCUUCUGUCCAUUUGAGUUACCCACUGUAAAGGAGGCGGUGAUUGUGGGAAACGGCAAUGUGGCUUUGGACUGUGUGCGAGUACUUGCGGCCUCGUAUAAAUACUUCGCACCAACAGAUAUGAAUUGUGCUGCCGUGCGGGAACUCAUGGCAAAUCGAAUUCGUCGUAUUAAUGUUGUUGCCCGUAGAGGACAGGCGCAUAGUGCUUUUACAAUUGCAGAGUUCCGUGAGUUAACACGAUAUCAACCAGACACCGUACGGGUAGUAGUGGAUCCAUUUGAUCUCCAAAAGGCAUUACAAGUACCAGCUGAGAACCCACGUGCACGUAAGCGUCUUCUUGAAUUAUUGGCACGAUUUACAGAAAAUAAUGGCAACAACAACAACAACAGCAAUAGUAAUAAUAAUAAUAAUAAUAAUAAUAAUAAUAAUAAUAAUAAUAAUAGUAAGAAGGAAGAUGCACUCAAUAUAACGUCAACACCAUCACGACAUGAACGUGGACCAUGUCUUGUUCAUUUACGUUAUAAUAUGCGACCGGUACGUUUUCUUCCUCAUCCAGAACGCCCUCGUCACGUUGGGGCUGUAGUCUUUGAACGUACAGAUGUGGAAAACCAUGAAAAUGAAAAAGAUUCUAGAAGUAUAACAGUUCCAUGUGAUGUGGCUCUCACAUCUGUAGGGUAUUCUUCCGAUAGUAUUCCUGGUGUUCCUUUUGAUGAAUCCCGUGGGGUCAUCCCUCAUCAGAAUGGACGUGUGAAGGGACAACCUCGUAUGUACUGUGCUGGUUGGGUAAAGAAUGGUCCAAAGGGAGUUAUACUACAAUCCCUAAUGGAUGCGCAGGAAACAGUUACAUCUAUUCUUGAUGACCUUGCUAAUAAGGUUCUUCCCACAAACGAAAAUAAUGAAUCUUCUUCUUCAUCAUCAUCAUCAUCAUCUCAUCCAAUCACUGAUACAACAGAUAUCAACCCUUCUAUUUCCACUACGGCAAUUAACAGCAACAGCAACAACAACGAGGAUAAGAGUAAUAAGAGUGAUGAUAAUAGUAGUGAUGGAACCAAUGGAAGGGAAUUCUACGGUAAAUAUGGAUUAAUUGAUUUCUUCGUGGAAAAGCGAAUACAGCCGGUCUCUGUAGCGGGUCUUGAACGUAUUCUGCACGUUGAAGCCGAGCGUGGAGUAGAUCUUGGUAAACGUCUUGAGAAGAUUGACAAUGUACGAUCCAUGUUGGAUAUCGCUCUUGGUGGUGAUGUUGGCAAAAAAGCCAAUAAUGCCAUUCGAGGUAUUUCGAAUGAACGUCCGGAUGCACUUUUGUAUUUAAAUGAACUAUUAGAUGAUACUACUGAUUUGGCGCCUUUCGCAAGACAAUUGGCAAAAGAAUUACCACCCGUCAUGGCAGCCCAACACCCACCAGGCGGUUUGCAUCCAUCACAGUUGUAA